AUGUGUGUGUGUGUGUGUGUGUGUGUGUGUCCAUCUCAUCAUGUCCCGCCCCUCUCUCUCUCGCUCUCUGUCGUCCUCUUUAGGAACGGCUCGAGCCCCGCCCAAGUUGGCAAUGGCGGCGAUGAGCGACUGGCUAUGAAAAGGGCAGCCAGCAGGUCUUGUUACACACCUCCCAAGGGCAUGCCCACCGUUUUCGACGCCAGCUUCAAGGGCGUUGGUCAGAAGCCCGGCCUCGAUAUCUGGCGCGUGGAGAAGCUGGCCGUGGUCAAGAAGCCCGCCAACGACAAGGCCUUCCAGGGUCAGCUCCACGAGGGUGAUGCCUACAUCAUUCUUCACACCAAGCAAGUCGGCCCCGCCCUUGAGCGUCACAUCUACUUCUGGCUCGGCAAGGACUCGUCUCAGGACGAGCAAGGUGUCGCGGCCUACAAGACGGUCGAGCUCGACCAGUCGCUCGGCGAUGAGCCCGUCCAGCACCGCGAAGUCCAGGGUCACGAAACUGACGAGUUCCUCGACCUCUUCAAGGGUGGUCUGCAGUAUCUGCCCGGUGGCGUGGCCUCGGGCUUCAAGCAUGUCGACAAGGAGGGCGAGCACCGCAUGCGCCUCAUGCACGUCAAGGGUCGCCGCAAAAUCCGCGUUUCCGAGGUUCCCGUCUCGGCCGGCAGCGUCAACGAGGGUGACGUCUUCAUCCUCGAUGCCUUUAUGGAAAUUUACCAGUGGAACGGCAAGGAGGCUAGCCGUCUCGAGAAGACCAAGGCCAUGCAGAUUGUCCAGCGCAUCCGUGAUCAGGAGCGUGGUGGCAACGCCAAGAUUGUCGUCCUGGAUCAAGGCAAGGACGACGACACUGCCUUUUGGGCCAAGAUGGGCGGCAGCAAGCCCGCCAAGAUCAAGUCGGCCAAGGAAGCCGGCUCGGAUGACGCCCAUGAGCGCAGCGCCGUCAAGGAGAUGACCCUCUACCGUGUCUCCGACGCCUCGGGAUCCAUGCAGGUCACUCCCAUCGAGGAGAAACCCUACAAGAAGGAGCAGCUCGACACCAACGAUGCCUUUAUCCUCGACUGCGGACCCGCCGGUAUCUUUGUCUGGGUCGGCAAGGGCGCCACCAAGGAGGAGCGCGCCUUCUCCAUGCGCACUGGUACCGACUUUAUCAAGCAAAAGGGUUACCCCAACCACACCCCCGUCACCCGUGUCGUCGAGACCGGCGAGACCCCUCUCUUCAAGGAGAAGUUUGCCUCGUGGCCCGAAGCCAACAUGCUCCUCCCGGGCCAGUAUGCCCAAAAGCCCAAGGCCAUUCAGAAGCGUCACUUUGCCGUCGCCAGCCUUCACAACCGUCAGACUGAUAGCGACAUGGCCAAGGCCGCGCUGCCCGAUGACGGCAAGGGUACCCUCGAGGUCUGGCGCAUUGAGAACUUUGAGCGCGCCCCCGUUCCCAAGGAGCAGUACGGCCACUUCUACGGCGGCGACUCGUACGUCAUGCUCUACACCUACCUCAAGAACGACAAGAAGUGCUACAUCAUUUACUUUUGGCAGGGCCUCAAGUCUUCCCAGGACGAGCGCGGUGCCUCGGCCAUCCACGCCGUCAAGCUCGAUGAGGAGUACGGUGGCGAUCCGGUCCAGGUCCGCGUCGUCCAGAACAAGGAGCCCCCGCACUUUUACCUCGUCAUGCAGCAGUUUGGCGGCAUGGUCGUGCACGCCGGUGGCCACGCUUCGGGCUUCAAGAACCUGAACGACAAGGACAGCUACGACACGGACGGCACCCGCCUCUUCCAGGUCCGCGGCACCAACGACUGGGACACCCGCGCCGUCCAGGUCGAGGAGGAGCCUGCCUCCCUCAACUCGGGCGAUGUCUUCAUCCUCGAGACCCCCAAGCAGUGCUACCUGUGGUUCGGCAAGGGCUGCAGCGGUGAUGAGCGCGAGUUUGGCCGCCAGAUUUCCCCCACCAUCUGUGGCCGUCGCGAAGUUGAAUCCAUCAUGGAAGGCAGCGAGCCCGCCGAGUUCUGGGCUGGUCUGGGCCACGACAUUGCCAACGGCCGUCCCCACUACGCUGAGGUCAAGGAGGCCCAGAUGCAGGAGUACCGUCCCCCGCGUCUGUUCCAGUGCUCCAACGCCCGCGGCUACUUUUAUGUCGAGGAGAUUUUCGACUUUGAUCAGGAGGACCUGAUUGAGGACGACGUCAUGAUCCUUGACGCCUUCUUCGAGGUCUUUGUCUGGAUUGGUGCGGGUGCCAACGUCGAGGAGCGCAAGCACGCUCUGGAGACGGCCAAGGAAUACGUCGACUCGGAUCCUACGGACCGCACGAGCGAUGACACGGCCAUCAUGGUGGUCAAGCAGGGCCGCGAGCCAACCAACUUCCGCUGCCACUUUAUGGCGUGGGACGACGAGAAGUGGUCCAACGGCAUGAACUACGAGCAGCUCAAGGCGGCGCUCUCCGCACAGGGCGAGGCUGUUGAGGUCGUCAGCGUCUCCAAGGCCCUUGAAGCCUUUAGCACCGACCAAAAGUUCUCUUUUGCCGACCUCAAGUCAAACAACCUGCCUGACACAAUCGACAAGACCCAGAAGGAGCAGUACCUUGCUGAUGGUGAGUUCAACUCGGUCUUUGGCAUGAGCCGCGAGCAGUUCAACGCCCUUCCCAAGUGGAAGCAGCUCAACAAGAAGAAGGACGUUGGUCUCUUUUAAGGAACCCACCCGUCCACACCCCUACCCCUCUUGUAUUGCUAUUGUAAUUGCCUCAACUGUCCACAACCCACGUAUUUUUUGCCCCUGUGCUUGCGAUUGUUCCUGUGAGCGACACACGAACACACCCUUGCGUUGUUGCCAUUGCACGCCCGUAUCUUUUCCCUUCUUUUCACUUUUGUUUUUUUCCGUGCCUGGUCCUUUGGGCCAUUAACCUCUUGCGUGUGUGCUCUGAUGCAUUUGACAAUUCAUAUCUGUAUCUUC